ACAGCAAGCAGCACGCAUUGCAGAUUCAGCACAACAUGUCGCGGAACGUGGUUCAGCCCAAUGCUUGGGUAGUCAUUCGCCUGCCUAACGACAACAUUCGUCUGCUAGAAAUUGUCCCGAAUACGACGAUAUCUUUGGGCAAAUACGGCUCGUUCCCUACCAAUUUAGUUAUCCACAGACCUUAUCACCUUACCUACGAAGUUCAAGAACAAGAAGAAGGCGAAAACUACGCGAAGUUGCGAAUUGUCCCCGCCGCAGAGCUCAACGCCGAUGCGCUCGUCGACACAACGGCCGAAGACGAAGCUGCUCAAAUUGACGACGUAAUGGAAGCCAAGGACGGACAGGAGCUGGCCCUGGCAGACGAUGAAGCAGAUAUCAUGGCAAGAGUGGACCGAGCCAUCACCGAUGAGAACGCACGUCAGACGCUAACACCCGACGAGAUUGAAGAGCUGAAGCGAAAGGGCACUGCUGCUGGCAAAGAGCUUAUCGAAAAGCUGCUGUUGUCACACACUGCGAUUGACCAGAAGACGAUGUACUCAUUGGCAAAAUAUAAGCUUGCCAAGGAGCGUAAGCAUAUGCGCCGCUUCACCAUCCUGCCAUUGGACGUCACCGCGCUGGCGCAGUGGAUGCUGGAGGACAAGGAUGCUGGCAAGAUCCUCGAGAUGCGUCAGGAAGCCAUGGCCCUUAUCGGAUGUUGGGCCGACGUACAUUUUGGCGGUGAACCCAUCGAAGGCUUGAACAGCCCCCAUGGCGGCAGAUGGCUCGUUGUGGAUGAUACGUCUGGCUUGCUGGUCGCCGCCCUUGCUGAGCGCAUGGGCCUGCUCCACCAGGAGAAAGAGGAAGACGCCGUAGCCACUACUGAAGCGGAAGCCCAAGCCGAAGAUGUCGAGCCUGCCAAUGAGGACGGCGAGCCUGCAGCCAAGAAGGCCAAGUUGGCGCCAACGAACCCCAAGCGUCCUCCUCGCGACGACCUGGAAGAUCACUACGCCCAAACAAACACAAUCACCCUUAUUCACUCCAACCCCCAGCCCAACAUCUCUCUCUUGCGCUACUUUGGCUUCGAUGCCAGCGAAAUCAACCCGCCCCUCCCCUACCACCCUCUCUUCACACACAUCCUACCCAUCUCGUGGCUACAGCUCCUCGAGCCCGAGAAGGAUCACACGUAUGCCGCGCGCCCCGAGGAUGUGCCUGCAGACGUCGUUGCCGGCUGGAAAACAAAUCGUCGUGGAAACUACCACCGCAAGAGAAGAAGAUGGGCGCGCGCCAAGCAGAUUGUCGACUCGACCCGCGCGGGAGGCUUCACUGGCCUCGCCAUCGCGAGCACCAUGGACAAUGUCUCGAUACUGAAGCACACUCUGCCCCUCUUGGCCGGCGGUAGCCCUGUGGCAAUCUACUCGCCGACAAUAGAGCCCCUUGCUCAACUAGCAGAUUGCUUUAGCAUCCCUCGUCGCGCAGCCUGGUCGUCCACCCCGCCGCCUGGCACCGAGGGUAAGUCCCUGAAGGAGCUUGAGACUUGGGCUGGAUCAGACGAGUUCCCUGUUAAUCCUACGCUGUUGGUUGGCGCUUCUAUACAGACGAGUCGCGCUCGCCCGUGGCAGGUCUUGCCGGGCAGAACGCAUCCUUUCAUGAUGGGUCGUGGCGGAGCGGAUGGUUACAUCUUUACAGGGUGGAGGGCGAUUCCAGCCGAGGGAAGAAUUACGGCUAGAGGAAAGUAUCAGAAGAAGAGAACAGAGGGUAACUAGACUACCUACAUCUGCUGUAUAUAGUAAAGUAAAAUAAAGCUGUGGCUGUUAUCCAUUCAAAUCG